UAAAGCAGCCCAGCAAUGGAGAAAUGGAAGUGGGCAAUUUCGCUUAUAUCUUUCAUAUUCUGUCUCACUGGCCUCUUUGAAUAUCUGACACAUUUUGAAGCAAACAGAUGUGAAAUGACAUACAUGUUUGAAAAACCGCAGUAUAUUAGAAUUACUAUGCCUUCUCCUGUAAUGCACAAGUUUCCAAGAUACAAAUUGUUCAUAUAUGGUGAAGGGAGAUAUGCAGAAAUCUUGAGAAAUGGUCAACUGGAAGGAUUGCCAGUAUUGUUUAUACCAGGCAAUGCUGGGAGCCACCGUCAAGUUCGAUCAUUAGGGUCUGUUGCUCUACGAAUGGCUGAGUCUUUGAGGUCACCGUUUCAUUUCAACAUGUUCAGUGUAGAUUUGAAUGAGGAACUCUCAGGUAUAUAUGGAGGAGUAUUAAAUGAACAAAUUGAAUUUGUUCACGAAUGCAUACAACAUAUACGCAAAAUGUAUAAGAAGAAUGUUGAAAUUAUUUUAGUGGGUCAUUCAAUGGGAGGUGUUCUUGCCAGAGCUAUGUUGGUACACGAAGGAUUUAAUACUGCCUUGGUGCCCUUGAUAUUCACCCAGGCUUCACCACACAUAGCAUCACUGGCAUCCUUUGAUAGUGCUCUACAGGACUUUUUCACAAGAGUGAACGACAUUUGGAGAAACAAACGGAACAGUACCUUAAAUCAUGUGAGUGUAGUAUCUGUUGGUGGAGGUGAGAGAGAUAUCUUGGUUCAAUCUGAUCUCACCCAACUCAUACCAGAAGCAAACUCCAUCAACAGCAUAAGUGUUGUGAGUACAGCAGUUCCUGGUGUGUGGGCAUCAACUGACCAUCUGUGUAUUGUGUGGUGCAAACAGCUAGUAAUGACAACAGUUCGGGCUUUAUUUGAUGUUGUUGAUCCCAAGUCACAUACUAUAAUUCAGGACCUUGCUGAAAGAGAAAAGAUUCUUAAAUAUCAUUUUCUCAGAAAGUAUGGAGGAAAACAUUUUGUUCGACAACCAAAACUCCACCGUCAACUCUUUCCUUCUUCGGGUACUUGGAUUCUAAAGGAAGAACUUUCAUGGCACUUCUACAAAAACAAGGUCCUGUCAUAUAACUUCAUCUUACUGCCACUGUUUGAAGAUGAAACAAUUAUUGUUGUUAGUGAUGGAUUGGUUAAAGAGGAUUGGGUGUUUGCUUGUUCAGCAGUGACCAAAGGAAAUGACACAAUAUUAUGUGAAGAAGGAGAGAACUUAUCAAACAAAGGAGAGUUAAUUUUGUCUAGAGAAAGGAAGACUGAGAAAAAAUAUAUUCAGUAUCCUGCCAAAGAUCUUCUUAUGAAGGGUCACAGCCAUCUUUUAGUGCAAAUCUCACCAUCAAAUAAAAUGGUUGAUGUGAUUGGAGAGAGGUACAAAGAAAUUUCUCGAAACAAGACAGUAAGACUUCCUUCAGUUAUGAGGAACUUUCUAAACUUUGGUCCUACACAACUACUAACUAUUCCAUUAUCUGAAGGAGCAAUUUUCUACAAAAUGUUUUUGUCUGGGCUUCAAGAACUGUGGCAAGCAUAUUCUGUCAUUAUUGAAACACGAAUCUGUCGAGGAGGUGCUCAUGGCCAAGGGUUAAUUACCUUCAUCGUACCAUGGAGUCACGAAGACAAGUCCUAUCAUAUCAGGCUGGGCAUGGGUGCUUUGACUCGGGUCACUGCAACACUUCACUUUCCACAGCCUGCUCAGCUGGAUAACCGUUUGCCACAGUUACACAUGAUUCUAGAUCCUGAAUGUAGCUAUAAUAUUAGAUGUGAGUUUUCUGUCAAAGAGAGCAUAGGACAGUUUAUCAAGUACUAUGGUCUACUUUUACCUGGAUACAUGGUGGCAAUUAUAAUGUUUGCUUAUAGUAAGCAACUUCAGUGUAUCAAUAAAACAGGACUCUGCCCAUCUCUUCUACUGGCAGCACAGCAGCUUUCAUCAUUUGUUAGUUUGGUGAUAGUACCAGUUGUGUUAUAUUACUGCUUGAGGUCAUUCAAUUUGCAUGUUCCCCUAGUGCCAUCUAGUGAUGAUCUGGUUUUACAGCAGCGAGGACUACAUUUUUUGGGUCUUAGAAUUUUCUUGUAUUUAAUUGCUUAUGGUCUAGUAAUUCUACAGGUGUUGGUAAUAUCUUCACUUGUCAUUCUGUUUGGAGCCUUACAUCAGUUCUUUAUGAGAAGGUUUUCACAAACAGAAGUGACACCUGUGACUGAAAAGAAGCCAACAUUUGAUCUGGUGUUUGUUGUGGCCUGUAGUGUUUUGGCAGCAGUGGCUUUCACAGUAGCUGGUGGGCUAGGACUGAUUGGAGGUUUUUUCCUGCAGUUUUUCAAGUUGACUGCACUCUGUGGAAAAAACCGAGCAGUAGAGAACAGGAGAGGGAUUAGCUCUAGUACUACAAGAUGGCACUUUCACAACUCUCUAUAUUCACUGUGGCUUUGGGCAGUCAUUCUUACUAUUCCAUCUUUAGUAGUAUGGGUCAGGAACUUUGACUUUUCUUCUCAUCUUACACACGAUCCUCAUCUUCUUCCAUCAGUUGUCAUUAUCCUGGCUUGCAGCACUUUCUGGCAAAAGAACAUUCCAUCUUCAUUAAGGUGGCAGUAUGGAACUAUAUCAUACUUGGUCCAUGCAGUAGCAGUGUUAACUGUAAUUUUUGGACUGACCUCUAUGUAUCGUAUCUUCUAUUUUAUUGCUGUCAUUUUUGCUGCAGUUGCAGUUCAGCAAGCUAUAGCUCUGUGCCAGGAGUGGAAAUCAUCCAAAAUAGACUAAGAACAUACUUAAUAGUCAGUAAGUAGUAUGUGUUUGUUACAGCUUAGUUCCAGCUUGUAGGUAGUAUAAUAGUCACAUUUUGUAUCAAAUUUAUGUUACAGUCAAUGUUGCAUUUUAAUUUAUUGUUCAUCACAAUUUGAAAGAAGAGUUACUAUGUUACUAAAGGAUAAAUUUAAUCUUUAGAUGAUUUCCUUAAGAGUUUAAAGGUUUUCUGUGAGUAUUUAUAUGCAUGUUUGGGAGUUGCUUUUCUGUUUAGAAUAGUAAACUACUUUAUAAUAGGUAUAUUUAAAAAUGAUGGAUAUAGUUUAACUAAACUGUAGCUUCGGUCUGAUGACAGUGUGGAUUUAUGUUAUUGAAUGUAACAAAAUUUAGGAAUGUAAUUCAAGAUAUGUAAACACUAUUUAUGUUAUCUUGUAUGGCUUGCACCAGUGUUACACAUCUUGUGUCUUUCUAUCUCACAAAUUGAAAUGCAAAACUUUAAAAACAAUUAAAGCUAAUGUGUCCUUAUGCUUUGUAUUUGACAUGACAAUUUCAGGUAUGGAUUUGAUGCCAUUUGAAUUAUUUCUGUAUUUCCUUCCAUUAUUAAUGGUAACAUUUCUAUAUUAAUUUCAAUAUUGUUGCUCAGAGUAUAGUAAUAUCCUGAGAUUUAUGUACAUGGUUGCAUUUGAAUGCAGAUUACAGUAACAUCCUGAGAUAUAUGUACAUAGGCUGUAUUUGAAUGUAGAUUACAGUAACAUCCUGAGAUAUAUGUACAUAGGCUGUAUUUGAAUGCAGAUUAUAGUAACACCCUGAGAUAUAUGUACAUAGGCUGUAUUUGAAUGCAGAUUACAGUAACAUCCUGAGAUACAUGUACAUAGGCUGUAUUUGAAUGCAGAUUACAGUAACAUCCUGAGAUACAUGUACAUAGGCUGCACUUGAAUGCAGAUUACAGUAACAUCCAAUCGUCCAAUGAGCUGUCCUUUGUUGGAUCUUGACCCAAGUUUGGGGGGCCCACACAUUUUGAUAUUCGGUCCACCGACUUUGGAAAGAUAAGACAUUAUACUGUUAUGGUUUUUGAAUAUUUUUACUGUUAAUAUUAUUAUUUGUAGUUAUUUGGGUUCAAUAACAUAAGUAUAGUUAGAUUAGUCAAUACUCAUAGUGAAGUUCAGAUUAGGCUUAACAUGGGUCUUUGUUAUUUUAGGAUUACCUGUAAUUCAUCUUACUGGUAUAUCGUAAAUUAGGUUAACUAUAUUGUUUUUUCUUCAAAUCAUCACCUCAUACAUAUGUUAUUAUCAAUACACACUUACUUAAUUUUACAAUAUAACAGCUAUUUCAUUUUUUAUUAUUAUUUAUCGUUUAUACUUCUUCAUAUUAACUUUGUUUGUGUGGACCCCUGGAGCCGGGGUCUGCACAAGCUUCUUCUCCCGAUAUUGUACGUAUUAUUGUUAGGUUAGGGUUUUUAUCAUUUAAAGUGUAGUGAUUUACUUUGUCCUGCACAGUUUGAUUAGUCUUAACAAAUGUCUGUUAUUUUCAGUUUACCUGUAAUUCACCUCAUCUUGAUGUCUUCAACACUUACUUAAAUUUACGUUAUAUCGUAUUAUUUCAUUUUCGUAAUUCUUUAUAAUUUAUACUUCUUACAAUUAAUUUAGUUUAUGAGGACCCCUACCUUCUCCUGAUAUUGCUCGCAUUCCUCCUACAACUGCCUAACCCAUUUCAGACAACGUAAAUUUUGUCAGUUUUCCUGCACCUGAUCAUGGAGUGCCUUCCCAGGCCUCUACUGCAGAAUAUGCUUGGCCUAUCUCAGGUUUUUUUAUUAUUAUUAUUUUAGACACUUUUUACAGUAUAUUCACCUUCUUCUCCUGACAUUGUUUCAUGGUGAUCAUUUUUGUCUCUCUUUUGAAAGUGCUGAUUUGCAAAGCUCACCCUACCCAGGCUUUAAUCCUAUCCAUUUUAUCCCCCACCUAGUUUUCCAGCUUCAUCUUACCCUAUCGACUCUCCUCUGUCUACCUUACACCUCCUGUCUUAGAUGUUCCACCUAUAUCUAGGGGAAUUUUGUGGGAAACCUCUUCCUCCUUCCUUCCAUGUUGGGGCAUUUGUCAUCUUCAGUUCUUUCCCUCCACACAUGACUUCUUUGCUUUUGGGAUCUUCUGGGGUGGGACACUGUUUUGUACCAUUUGUUUACCAUCCACUUCUAAUAGGAACCUAUGGUCGGCUCUUUUUCUCCACCGGGUCUUCUAGUAGAGUAUGAGAAUCCUUGCCAUUUUCCAGUUCCUAGUUACUGGGGUGGUAGAUCACGGAGGCAGCCUCCUGAAUAUGAUAAUUUCCAUUCAGUGGACAGUAGGGCAGUAGUGUUUUGCCAGUGUAGAUGUUAAAGAUCCUCCACUCGUGUGCUCCACCUCCAGCCAGUGGGUCCUGGAGGUUGAUUUUGUGCAAAUUCAGUACAGUUCACUCUAGCUCUGUGGUUACUGGAAGUUUCAGUGAUAGUUCAGUAGAAUCAAAUAGAGGGAGUCACAUACGUCAGGAGGAUGUGUUGCACUCCUAUUAGUGGAAAGUGCAUGAUGGUUUACAUGCGAGACACAGUUGAACUACAUUAAUCGUGGGGUAGGUGGGAGGUUCAAGGCUUGUGGCAUGCAAACAAAUUUUGCAUACAGAGGACAGCACUGAAUGGAAAUAGCAAUUAUGUGAGAGGAGGUAAGUACCCAUUAGAAAUAUAUUUUCAGUGUAGGAAAUUAUUAAUUUUGGCUCACUCUGAGAAUAAUGUUACACUUAAUUCUAAUUGGGUAUGAUCUGGUAUCGUACAUAAACAAACUCAACUAAACAACAGAGGAAACAUGCAUAAAUUAUAAACAGAUUCAUAAUUAACAAAACUUAAGGAGUACUACCUUACUGUGUUAAGCUGUAGAAAUUGGUAAUUGAUAUAGUUUAUGUAUUGCUUUGAUAUGCUAGACAAAAAAAAUCAUUAUUGUUCAGAGCAUUUUGUAAUUCUUCUUAGAUUUUGACAAGUGUAAUUCAGCACUCAGCUAGGGAUAAUUAACUAGUUUCAUGAGGAACAAUGGACCAAUGGAUGUUAAUAUCAAAUAUAAUUUUAAACUUACCUUGUAAAGGAACAGUAUUGAUAUUUAAUUAUUUCAAAUUGUGUGUGUUUUUGUAUAUUAUAUUUUUGCAUUUGAAAGCAGUUAUGAUAUUGUAUUUCCAUUUUAUUCUUAUUCUUACUGUACUUGUGAUGGCUUACAUAACAAUAUCACUUCAUUUGCUGUUAGACUGAUUGAAGCAACUGGGAAAAUUAUGUUGUACAUGACAUGUUUGUAUUUUUGUAUUCCAGACAUGUUUUUAUCUCUGUUGUAGUGAAAAACAGUUCCUAAACAGUAAUUAUGCUCAGAUUGUCCUAGUGACUGGUAUUUAUUUUAAUUAUCCAUAUUUCUAAUGGACGUUGGUCAGCCAUAGAUCAUAACAAAUUGUAAUACUUCUUGUGAGUUAACAAGCCAACUCUUUUUCACAUCUUUUAAAUUAAAAACUCAACUCAUCAUCAUAUACCUUCUGAAAUAUGGAGUCAGUCUUUUCAUUGUAAACUUUCCAUAUUUAUUGUCUUAAGGUUAAUAGUCAGUUAUUUAUGAUAACCCCACUGUUAUUAGUGAUGAACAGAACUUCUAAAAAUAACCCACAAAUACUUGUUAGUUAACAAGUCAACUCUUCAUCAUAACUCCAUCUUCCUUUGGAAUCAAAAGUUACCUCUUUAUUCAUAACCUUUCUCUACUUCUGAGUUAAAGAUUCAACUACUUACAAUAAUGGUUAAUACAUUUACUGUUUAUCAAUCAACCUUUUAUCAGAAGUUCUUCCUACUAUUUAGCAAACGGCCGUCUGUAUCACAGCUCUCUGAUAUUUUUGAAUAUAAGUCUCACCUAUGUCUCACAAUCACAGCUAUACACCUAUUACACAAUCCUAAUCACCUUUUUUUAUGAUAAUAUUUUUCUUUACUUAUCUAACGGUUAACUGUCAUAAGAAUUCUUUAAAUAAGCCUUCCUAACAUAAAGUUCCAGGUAUUUCAUUUAGUAGCUUUGAUAUUUUUGAAGUAGGUUAUUCUUUAUUAGGAAUAGCUAAAUUACUUUUAAGUUUUAGAUAAUUACCUCAUAAUGCUCAAAGAAGCCUUAGUUUAGAGCUUUCAAAUAACAUUAGGUCAGGUUUGACCCAGUAGUAAUUGUGUUCAGACUGUGAAUCUGGGAGUUUAUGGUUCAUAUCUCAUUGCUAUAAAAAUGCUCUCCACACUUUGGUACCGUGGAUGUGCUAUAAGAAAAUAGUUAAAUUCCUCUGUUUGAUCAGAUAAAAGCAUCCUACAAGUUGACAGUGUUUCUGUUGACUAUCCUGCUUCCCCUCUAGCUCAGUGGUUCUCAACUGAGGACCAGCUAGUUCUGUUCCCAAAAUCUCAUGGACUGCUUCAAACAGUAUUGAGUUUUUAGAAUACUUUUAAGUUACAUUGUAAAACAACGUACUUCAGUAGCUAUAUUUUAAAAUACUUUUUUUCAUCUUAUGUACCAUCUGAAACCCCCAUGGAUUGGUGGUUGGGAACCACUACUCUGGUUUAUCAGGCCAAACUUAAGGAUGGGUUUGUGCAUAUAGCCCUUUGUAUGGCUUUGCAUGAGAAUCAGGAACAAACAAACUGAUGAAAUUGUGAUAAUUAAAGCAAAUUAGUUUUCUUUCAGGUGCAAAAAAAAAGACUACAAUACCAUUUUAUUUACCCCUAGAACCAUCCAAACUGUAAUAACCCUAUUUUAAUGUAACAUUUGGCAAUUAACUUGCCUAAAACUAAAAUUUUUAACUACACAGUUCUCUUGAGGAUUUCAGCCAUUCGUUUUUCAGUUAAAAGAUUGAUUAUUGUUUUUGGCUAUCUUUGUAUAAAGUAUGCAUUAGUGUGCAUGUGAUCACUUUUCUCAUAACUCAGUCAGUAGGUAUACUUUCACAUUCUCAUUUUAUUGAUAUAAUAUCAUGCUGAAAUAUAUAUCAAACUAUAUUGUUGUUAGAAGCUGUUUUUAUUAUCAUUUGAUAAUUAUGCAUUGGGUAGUGUAACAUGUUGUUAUUCUACCCUAUUACAUAUGUGAGAAAAUUCCAAAGUAUUGCUUGGGCUUUGCCCUAAGUACUUUUUAAUUGAUAGUGUAAUUUGUAUUUCAAUUGUUUUGUGCUUAACUUUUGAAUGAAAACUAGCUAGAAAUAUCGGUUAUGUAACUGAGAGAUUGUAAAUGCCAUUUUAGGUUAUUUAGUGUUUUAAAAACUUAUUGUAAAGAAACUUGAAUAGUAGUACUUUAGUGUUUUCCUAAUUAAAUAAACAUUUAUUUCUUCACACAAAUUUUAUCAGUUGUACAUAGUAAAACUUUUGUUUAAUAUAACUGUAACUGAGGGACUGUAAAUGUCAUUUUAGGUUUUUGAGUGUUUUUUAAAAAACUUACUUAUUGUACCACGUACAACUGAUAAAAACUUAGUUCUUUCUAAUAUUUAAUUUAUUUCUUCAAUAGUUUAAUAAACUUUCCUUACCAUGUGAGAGUUACAUUUUCAUAAGUGUUGUAUGAUAUAACAAAAUAAUAGUAUGUAAUAAUAAA